UCGGCUCUGCACCCUUCCCGUCUCGCCAGCCCCGUCUCUUCUCCCCGACCAGGGCCAGCAGCUGCCUUAUACCCUCCACCCGCGUGGCGUCUCCGAUGGAGGCGACGGUGAUGUCGCAGGACAGCAAGGCGGGCGGCAAUGGCGGCGGGCGCCGGAGGCCGCGGUACCGCAUCGAGACCAGGGCGCUGUCGUACGUGCUCCCGCCGCGCGGGGCAUGGUUGUGGGGAGGUGGCAAGGGGAAGGCGGAGGAGCGGCUGCUGCUGCGGGGCGUCACGUGCGAGGCGCCGCCGGGGGAGCUGGUGGCGGUCGUGGGGCCGAGCGGGGCGGGCAAGACCACGCUGCUGUCGGUGCUGGCCGGCUCCGCGGACCCGGCGCGGGUCGCGGCCGGGGAGGUGCUGGUGAACGGCCUCCCCAUGGACGCCGCGCGCUUCCGCCGGGCGUCCGGGUACGUGCCGCAGGACGACGCGCUGUUCCCGGCGCUCACCGUCGAGGAGUCGCUCGUCUACAGCGCGCGCCUGCGCCUGCGCGCGGCCGGGGGCAGCGGCGGAGGGCCGGCCGGCGCGGAGCGGGCGCGGGAGCUGAUGGCGGAGCUCGGCCUGCGGCACGUCGCCGCGUCCAGGGUCGCCGACGUCUCCGGCGGCGAGCGGAGGCGGGUGUCCAUCGGGGUGGACCUCGUGCACGACCCGGCCGUGCUGCUGCUGGACGAGCCCACGUCGGGGCUCGACUCCGGUUCCGCGCUCCACAUUGUCAAGAUGCUCAGGGACAUGGCCGCCGCGCACGGCAAGACCGUCGUGCUCACCAUCCACCAGCCCGGGUUCCGCAUCCUCGAGCUCAUCGACCGCGUCGUGCUCCUCGCCGACGGCGCCGUCCGCCACCACGGCUCCCUCGACUUCCUCCAGGCGCGCCUCGCCGCCACCGGCCACGCCAUCCCCGCCCACGUCAACGUCCUCGAGUACGCCAUGGAGGCCAUCGACUCCCUCAAGCCCGACGUCGCCGUGGCCGCCGCGGUCACCGCGCCGGCAGACCGAGACGGCGACGCCGUCGCGCCGGUGGGCCGGGUGCCCGCGUCCGCGCGGCGCGCGGGGUACGCGAACUCGCCGGCGGCCGAGGUGCGCAUCCUGGCGGGGCGGUUCAUGAAGACGGUGCUGCGGUCGCCGCAGCUGUUCGCGGCGCGGAUGGCGCAGUCGGUACUGGCCGGCGCGUUCCUCGGCAGCAUCUUCCUGGGCACCACCGACCUGCAGUCCCGGCUGGGCUUCUUCGCCUUCAACCUCACCUACCUGCUCUCCUCCACCACCGAGGCCCUGCCGGUGUUCCUCCACGAGCGCCGCAUCCUGGAGCGCGAGACCUCCCGCGGCGCGUACCGCGUGUCCUCCUACGUGGCCUCCAACGCCGCCGUCUUCCUCCCGUUCCUCCUCGCCGCCGCGGUCCUGUACGCGGCGCCCGUGUACUGGCUCGUGGGCCUGGCGCGAGAGCCCGCCGCCUUCGCCUACUUCGCGCUCGUCGUGUGGCUCGUCAUGCUCACCGCCAACUCCUUCGUGGCGUGCCUCAGCGCGCUGGCGCCCAACUACAUCGUGGGCAACUCCGUCGUGGCGGGGCUCAUCGGCUGCUUCUUCCUCUUCUCCGGCUACUUCGUGGCGAGCAAGAACAUCCCGCGCUACUGGGUGUUCAUGCACUACGCCAGCCUGUUCAAGUACCCGUUCGAGGCGCUGGUGGUGAACGAGUACGGCGGCGCGCGCGGCGCCAGGGAGUGCCUCGCCUCGGCCGGCGGCGGCGGCGCGGGGGGCCUCUGCGUGCUGGACGGCGCGGGGCUGCUGCGGCAGCAGGGGAUGCGGGAGGGCAUGCGGUGGAGCAACCUGGGCGUCAUGCUGGGGUUCGUGGUCGGCUACAGGGUGCUCUGCUUCGUCUUCCUCUGGUUCAGAUGCCACCGCAUGAGGAGGUGAGGACGACGGGGAAAAGGCGGGAAGCAACUGCAAAUAUUAAUCGCUCGUUUAAAUUUCAUCUCAUCACCUUCUUCCAUUUUCUUUCUCUCUUCUUCUUUUUUGCUGUGAUUUUUCUUCACGAGACAUUCAAGUCCUGAUGAUUUCGGUUAGGGUGGAUACGAAUAUACUAUGUAUAUGUUUGGGAUCGAUCGAGUUGUAGCGGUCAGUGGAUGGCGAUGCUCUUGUUGUAUCAGCAGUGGGGUUGAUGGACGAUGAUGCUAAUGGAGAAUAAAAAAAGAAGAUUGAUGAUCAGGGGGUUUCUGCUCCUUCGCCAGUUCUA